AUGGCCGAGAUCCGUCGCAAGCUCGUCAUCGUCGGCGAUGGUGCCUGCGGUAAGACCUGUCUGCUCAUUGUUUUCUCCAAGGGCACCUUCCCCGAGGUCUACGUCCCCACCGUCUUUGAGAACUACGUCGCCGAUGUCGAGGUCGACAACAAGCACGUUGAGCUUGCUCUUUGGGAUACUGCUGGCCAGGAAGAUUACGACCGUCUCCGUCCCCUGUCAUACCCCGACUCACAUGUUAUCCUGAUCUGUUUCGCCGUCGACUCGCCCGACUCGCUCGACAACGUCCAGGAGAAGUGGAUUUCCGAGGUUCUGCACUUCUGCCAGGGUCUCCCCAUUAUCCUGGUUGGUUGUAAGAAGGAUCUGCGCGAUGACCGCAAGACUAUUGAUGAGCUCGCCAAGACCUCCCAGCGCCCCGUCUCCGCUGAGCAGGGUGAGGAGGUCCGCAAGAAGAUCGGUGCCUACAAGUACCUCGAGUGCUCUGCCCGCACCAACGAGGGUGUCCGCGAAGUUUUCGAGGCUGCCACCCGCGCUGCUCUCCUGAAGGCCCAGAAGGGCAAGGGUGGCCGUAAGAAGGGAGGCUGCCUCAUUCUGUAA